GCAGUCGUAAUUGGAUAUGCCGCAGCGAUCAUGGCGCAGGAAAGUCUCCGAUUGCAGGAUAUCUGACACUUUUUUAAAUACAGCUAGACUAGGUUGAUCUGGCGUUCAUUCAGCAGUAGAACAAGCCUGGGCGGCAGCAUUCCGCUCGGCUAAGGCGCGGUGGAAGGCCGACGUGAUGGCAUAAAACCCAAGGUGUUGAUGGGAAUUCUUGGUCCGUUUCCACUCCCGGUUUUGCAGGCGGUCGAGCUCGCCUUCAAGACGGCUGCUGAGAAUGACCAGCGCAGUGCUCGCUGCGUCGCCAUCAGCGACUCCGUCCGCCGCCUCUUCGUCCGUGGAUGGAAAUCGUGCGCGCUUGGCAAUGCGCGUGGUGUGGAUGGGAGAACCAAGGGGAGUGGGCGGGAUCAUAAACUUGGCAUCGCGUUUCUCCGCUGCGACUUGCAGCGACGACAAGCACAGGUCAAAUGCCGCCAACGCCGACACGUCAGCAACAUCCAGUGCUGUCGACCGCAUCAUGCUGCCGCGGCUUCGCUUGACCUUUUUCUUCUUGAAAUGAUCGACCAAGCUCAUGGGGUCACUGGUGCGUGGAGGCGAAAAGACACACACACACACGAGUGAAUCGAUUACAACAACGACGGCAGCUAAGCUAGCACAGACACGAACACAAGGACCAAUUGGAGGGUGCCCUGUGAAUCGCGCGGCAAGAAGGCAGUACGCGGUCGUGUCGGCCAACGGAGGACGACGUGCGCACUGCACUGC